AUGGCGCACCGGGGCGGCCGGUUCUUGGAGGUCGCCGCGGCGGUGCUGGUGGUGGUGGUGGUGGUGUUGGGGGUGGCGGCGGUCAGGCCGGUGGAGGGGCUGUCCGCUGACGGGAAGGCGCUGCUGUCGCUGCUUCCGGCUGCGCCGUCGGCGGUGCUGCCGUCGUGGGACCCCUCCGCCGCGACGCCGUGCUCGUGGCAGGGGGUGACGUGCUCGCCGCAGAGCCGGGUGGUGUCGCUGUCGCUGCCCAACACCUUCCUCAACCUCUCGUCGCUCCCGCCGCAGCUCGCUUCGCUGUCGUCGCUCCAGCUGCUCAACCUCUCCACCUGCAACAUCUCCGGGGCCAUCCCGCCGGCGUACUCGUCGCUCGCCGCGCUCCGCGUGCUGGACCUCUCGUCGAACGCGCUCUACGGCGACAUCCCCGACGCGCUCGGCGCGCUGUCGGGCCUCCAGUACCUGCUCCUCAACUCCAACCGCCUCACCGGCACCAUCCCGCGCUCGCUCGCCAACCUCUCCGCGCUCCAGGUGCUCUGCGUCCAGGACAACCUCCUCAACGGCACCAUCCCGGCGUCGCUGGGCGCGCUCACCGCGCUCCAGCAGUUCCGCGUCGGCGGCAACCCGGGGCUGUCUGGCCCCAUCCCGGCCUCGCUCGGCGCGCUCUCCAACCUCACCGUCUUCGGCGCCGCCGCCACCGCGCUGUCCGGCUCCAUCCCGGAUGAGUUCGGGAACCUCUUCAACCUCCAGACGCUGGCAUUGUACGACACCGGCGUGUCCGGCCCCGUGCCCGCCGCGCUCGGCGGGUGCGCCGAGCUGCGCAACCUGUACCUCCAUAUGAACAAGCUCACCGGGCCGAUACCGCCGGAGCUCGGGAGGCUGCAGAAGCUGACCAGCCUGCUGCUCUGGGGCAAUGCCCUGUCCGGGAGGAUCCCGCCGGAGCUGUCGAACUGCUCGGCAUUGGUCGUGCUCGACCUGUCCGGCAACCGGCUCACCGGCGAGGUGCCCGGGGCGCUCGGCCGGCUCGGCGCGCUCGAGCAGCUACACCUGUCGGACAACCAGCUCACGGGGCGUAUCCCGUCGGAGCUGAGCAACUGCAGCAGCCUCACGGCGCUUCAGCUCGACAAGAACGGCCUCGCCGGCGCGAUCCCGCCGCAGCUCGGGGAGCUCAAGGCGCUGCAGGUUCUGUUCCUCUGGGGCAACGCGCUGUCCGGCACGAUACCGCCGUCGCUGGGCAACUGCACCGAGCUGUACGCGCUCGACCUGUCCAAGAACCGCCUCGCCGGCGGCAUCCCCGACGAGGUGUUCGCGCUGCAGAAACUCAGCAAGCUGCUGCUUCUCGGGAACGCGCUCUCCGGGAAGCUCCCCCCGAGCGUCGCCGACUGCGCGUCGCUGGUCCGCCUCCGGCUCGGCGAGAACCAGCUCGCCGGCGAGAUACCCAGGGAGAUCGGCAAGCUGCAGAACCUGGUGUUCCUGGACCUCUACUCCAACAAGUUCACCGGCGGGCUCCCGGCCGAGCUCGCCAACAUCACGGUGCUGGAGCUGCUCGACGUCCACAACAACAGCUUCACGGGGGUCAUCCCGCCGCAGUUCGGGGAGCUCAUGAACCUGGAGCAGCUCGACCUCAGCAUGAACAAGCUCACCGGCGAGAUACCGGCGAGCUUUGGCAACUUCAGCUACCUCAACAAGCUCAUCCUCAGUGGCAACAUGCUGUCUGGGCCAUUGCCCAAGUCCAUUCGGAACCUGCAGAAAUUGACCAUGCUGGAGCUGAGCAACAACAGCUUCUCCGGUCCGAUACCGCCGGAGAUCGGUGCACUGUCCAGCCUCAGCAUUAGCCUCGACCUCAGCUCGAACAAGUUCACCGGCGAGCUGCCUGACGAGAUGUCCAGCUUGACGCAGCUGCAGUCACUUGAUCUCUCUAGCAAUGGCUUGUAUGGUAGCAUCUCGGUGCUGAGCGCCCUCACCAGCCUGACAUCUCUCAACAUUUCGUACAACAACUUCUCCGGUGCAAUCCCGGUGACGCCGUUCUUCAAGACAUUGUCGUCGAGCUCCUACAUCAACAACCCCAACCUAUGUGAGUCCUAUGAUGGGCACACUUGCGCCUCGGACAUGGUUCGCCGGACAGCGCUGAAGACUGUCAAGACCGUGAUCCUUGUCUGUGCGGUCCUGGGCUCGAUCAGUCUGCUGCUCGUUGUGGUCUGGAUCCUGAUCAACAGGAGCAGAACACUUGCAGGCAGGAAGGCGAUGAGCAUGUCGGUUGCGGGUGGCGAUGACUUCUCGCACCCGUGGACAUUUACGCCGUUCCAGAAGCUGAACUUCAGCGUUGAUAACAUCUUGGAGUGCCUGAGAGAUGAGAAUGUGAUUGGCAAAGGUUGCUCAGGUGUCGUGUACAGAGCUGAAAUGCCGAACGGGGAGAUCAUCGCCGUGAAGAAGCUUUGGAAGACGUCAAAGGAGGAGCCGAUCGACGCGUUCGCUGCUGAGAUUCAGAUAUUGGGGCACAUCAGGCACCGGAACAUCGUCAAGCUGCUUGGUUACUGCUCAAACAAGUCUGUUAAGCUCCUGCUCUACAACUACAUCCCCAAUGGUAAUCUGCAGCAGCUCCUGAAGGAUAACAGGAGCCUGGACUGGGAUACCCGUUACAAGAUCGCUGUCGGGGCAGCGCAAGGGCUGGCCUAUCUGCACCACGAUUGCGUCCCGGCGAUACUCCACCGGGAUGUCAAAUGCAACAACAUACUUCUUGAUUCGAAGUAUGAGGCGUACUUGGCUGACUUUGGGCUGGCCAAGCUGAUGAACUCCCCCAACUAUCAUCAUGCCAUGUCACGCAUCGCCGGUUCGUACGGAUACAUUGCUCCAGAGUACGGCUACACGACGAAGAUCACGGAGAAGAGCGACGUGUACAGCUACGGCGUGGUGCUGCUGGAGGUCCUGAGUGGCCGGAGCGCGGUGGAGGCGGUGGUGGGGGACUCCCUCCACAUCGUGGAGUGGGCGAAGAAGAAGAUGGGGAGCUACGAGCCGGCGGUGAACAUCCUGGACCCGAAGCUGCGCGGCAUGCCGGACCAGCUGGUCCAGGAGAUGCUGCAGACGCUGGGCAUCGCCAUCUUCUGCGUGAACCCGGCGCCGGCGGAGCGGCCCACCAUGAAGGAGGUGGUGGCCUUCCUCAAGGAGGUGAAGUGCCCCCCCGAGGAGUGGGGCAAGAUCUCCCAGCAGCCGCUCAUCAAGCCCGGGAGCCAGCAAGGCUGACAUGAACAUCAUCAUCAACAAUGCUGCUUGUGUAGAAGCAGUAAUGGAGAUUGGAGAAUUCAGUGGCUCAGCAAGGGGAAAAGGAGGAGUAGGAUUUUGAUGAGGUGCAGCCUUUAGCUAGCUUUCAGUUAGGGGAAGAAAGAAUUUCUUGUACAGCUCCAAAUGGCGUCGCGGCGCUCAUUUUGGUGAACUUUGAAAUGCGCAGAAUUCUCACGGUUUAUUUGUUUGCUCCUGCAAUACAUCAC